AUGGCCGGAGUGGUGUGGCCAGCCGCCCUACUAAAGUUGGAGUUCGGAACCAUGUUCAACAAACCUAUUGCCGUAGUGUGGUGGCCAGCACCCCUGCAACAGCUUUCGUUCGGAGAUUCCUUCAAUCAGUCCAUUGCUGGAGUGAUGUGGCCGGCCUCUCUGCUGAAGUUGGACCUUGGGAACCUGUUCACCAAACCUAUUGCCGAAGUGGUGUGGCCAGCGUCCCUGCAACAGCUUUCACUAGGGUAUUCCUUCAAUCAGCCCAUUGUCGGAGUGGUUUGGCCAGCCGCCCUGCUGAAGUUGGACCUCGGAACCAUGUUGAAUGAACCUAUUGCCGGAGUCGUGUGGUCAGCGUCCCUGCAACAAGUUUUGUUUGGAAAUGACCUCAAAAGGUCCAUUGUCGGGCUGGUGUGGCCGGCCUCCCUGCUGAAGUUGGACCUCGGGCGCCGGUUCAAUCAACCUGUUGCCGGUGUGGUGUGGCCAGCAUCGCUGCUACAGCUCUCGUUGGGACUUUCCUUCAAUCAGCCCUUUGUCGGAGCGGUGUGGGCGUCGUCUCGGCAGAAGCUCUCGUUCGGAUACUAUUACAACCAGGACGUUGUUGGAGUGUUGGACCUCGGGCGCGAAUUCAACCAACCUGUUGCCGAAGUCAUGUGGCCAACGUCGCUGCAACAGCUGUCCUUCGGAUAUUACUUCGAUCAGCCCAUUUUCGGAGUGGUGCGGCCUGCGUCGCUGCAACAGCUUUCCUUUGGAUACUAUUUCAAUCAGCCAAUUGCUGAAGUGGUGUGGCCGACCUCCCUGCUGAAGUUGGACCUCGGGAGCAUGUUCAACAAUCCUAUUGACGGGGUGGUAUGGCCAAAGUCUCUGCAGCAGCUUGGGGAGCGUUCAACCACCACACCGCCGGAGUAG